GACAUUUCGAUCCCUCGGUGCCUCGGCCAUGUUGCCCCGUGGCCUGCGCGCCAUGCGCGCCCUGCGCCUGGGCGGCCUGGGCCGGUGCCCCUUGGGCCGCGCCUUCGCCGAUGACGCGGCGAAGGCCACGGCCACGGCCACGGCCACGGCCACAGCAGCGACGGCCGCAGCCCCAGGCGGCAGCCCAGGCGUCAACCCGAAGACCAGCGGUCUUCCCAUGACGACACCGGGGGCACCGGGCGCCGUUCGUCCCAGAGUGGUCAUUGUUGGGACCGGCUGGGCCAGCUUUCGGGUCUUGGCGGAUAUUGAUACCAAGAAGAAUGAUGUGACUGUGAUUUCGCCGAGAAAUCAUCUGCUCUUUACCCCCAUGUUGGCGUCCUCAGCCCUUGGCACUGUGAAUCAACGAUCUAUUUGUCAGCCAGUGCGGCCGUUGACUGCCAAAAAGAAUGCCACGUACUACGAAAGCUCUGUGGUCGGCGUGGACAAAGAGAAGCAGCUGGUGACUUGCAAGACCUUAGGUGGCCAGGAGUACAAUCUUCCCUAUGACAAAUUGGUGGUUGGAAUUGGCUUCCAGCCAAAUGAUUUCAAUAUUCCCGGCGUCAAGGAAAACGCGCUCUUCAUGAAGGAAACCGCGGAUGCAACUCGAUUUAAGGAUCACGUCUUGGAGAAAUUGGAAGAAGCUGCGUAUUGCCAUGCAUUGGACAAUGAUUUGACGUUGAGCGACGAGGAAAAAUGGAAGAUCCAGGAACUCUUGACGUUCAUCGUGGUGGGUGGUGGCCCCACAGGAGUGGAGUUGGCCGGAGAGCUCACUGACUUCCUGUACAACGAGGUGGCCAACUUGUACAAGAACCUGAAGCCAUAUAUCCGCGUGCACAUGUUCACCUACGACCUGCUGAACACCUUUGAUGAGAAGCUUCAAGACUAUGCCAUUACGCAUCUGCGGAAGAAGCAGAAUGUCCAGGUGCACCUGGGUGCCUUUGUGCAGAAGGUGGAGCCGAAUGUGGUUCACGUGAAACUCGGGGAGAGUGCCAUGUCCAUCAGGUAUGGCACACUGGUGUGGUGUGCUGGCAUCAAGCCACACCCCUUCGUCAGUGACUUUGGAUUCGCCAUGAAUGACAAAGGCUCCCAGAUCUUGGUGGAUCCCUUUUUGAAGGUCAAGGGGGAAAAGAACAUCUAUGCCAUCGGAGAUUGCGCAACCAUUGAAGAUUACUGGUUGCCACAGACCGCCCAAGUGGCCAAUCAACAAGGUCAGUAUUUGGCUAAGGCCCUGGGCAUGGACGAGAGCAAGACCAAGCCCUUCGAGUUUCACAACAAGGGCACUAUGGCAUACUUGGGCGGACUCACAGCCAUCAUGGCCAACCUUCCUGGUGUCAGUCGUAUCACUGGCUUCGUGGCAUUCCUCGGUUGGCGUUUCACCUAUUGGUUUCUACAGCUUUCCAUGCGGAAUCGCUUCAUGUUGGUGACGGAUUGGCUGCGUACCUUCAUCUUCGGACGAGAUCUUACACGCUUCGGACCUCGCUCGAAACCUACUUGAGCCUUGGGCUUUCAAUCUCACCAUUGAUUUGAUCGAUUGAUCGAAAUGUCUUGAACCUGAUACAAAA